AAUUCUGGUGACGUGCGUGAAAUUUCUCGAUACGUGGCUGGUUGACGUCUAGUGUUUCGCUACGUUCUCUCACGCAAGCUUGCAUUUACCUCAGGAUUUGGGUGCUUCAAAGCAGUUUUCUAACUAGAACUCUGUUAAAUUUAAUUACUCGAUAAAAAAUGGAUCAGAUCGCUAAAUUCGUGGAGCCUGGCAAGCAGUUCGCUAAGGAUUCUAUCAGACUGGUCAGGAGAUGCACGAAGCCCGACAGGAAAGAAUUCCAAAAGAUUGCCAUCGCGACAGCCAUUGGUUUCUGCAUCAUGGGCUUCAUUGGUUUCUUCGUGAAGCUCAUACAUAUCCCCAUCAACAACAUCAUCGUCGGAUCAUAAAUUUCUAGUUCUAGUUUAGACGUAAUUCUCAUUUGGAAGUGGGUGGGACUUACUCCAGGUGUAAGUGUACAAAAGCGUCGCCAGCGGGGGGAGUAGGGGGGGGGGGGGGUAAUGUAUGGUAUGGCCCUCCUUCUCUCCGCCUAGGUCUACUUUAGCAAAAUCAAUUUGCCCUCAGCUGGUAGUCGGCUGGCAACGCUCUAGAGUGUGCAUAGAUGUAGCGAACUCGCUCUGAAUGCGUCUAUUAACGAAACUUUCGCGCGAACUUGCUAGCAGCGUGUUCACUAGAUGUGGACGCACCUUAAAAAUCAUAUUUUUGUCUUACACCAUACAAAUGCAAAUUAUUAGAAAGUUACAAUGGUUUGAAAUCAUAAUCAUUACAUAAUCACUAACAUUACAAUCAAGGCAGCAUUAUUUAAAUGUAACUAAAUGUCAAUUAGAUUAAGUUCUGUCCACCUCCACUCUUUACUUUAAGGCCCGGACACUAAGUUAAAGCAUCCCAUUAUUUUCAUUUUAUAUUUUAAAUUGAAUGAAUAAAUUAUUCAACUUAUAA